AUGACGGCGGAUCACACUGCGUCUCUCGAGGAAAGCAAUGCCGCACGACUACCUCUUGGAUACCGCGACUCUUGCAGCGCACUAUUGAUCCCAUUGAACAAGUGCCGACGGAAGACUUUUUACGCUCCAUGGAAGUGUGAAGACGAGCGUUUCCUGCAGCGUCAGAAGAAGCUCCAGAAGCUCGUGGCUGAAAAGGCCAACGAGGCAGCGGCAGAGGACCUUUAG